UAAUUAGAAGAGAAAGCAGGUAGUAUUUAAAUCGCGGAUCGGCACUGCUGGUGCCGCCUAAUCCGUCUGGUCGCCUGCUCCGCCGCUCCCCCUGGACGCCUGAACCGCCUGCACGCCUACUCCGCCUGGUGCUCUUCAGUCUUAGCCUAUUCACAACUUCACGUUCAGUCGCAGUCUAACAGCCUCGGCUCCUCGCAGCCUUGAGCCUUCGCAGAAUCCUCAAUCGCAGAUUUUCUCUUUUUCCAUAUUUGGGACCUCAAUUUUGCAUUUGGAACAGAACCCUCCAAAUUCAUCAGACGUCCCUGCUUGGCAAAGCAGUCCUGCUUUGAAAUCUCAAGUUGGUUGCUCUCCAUACUCAAUCCUUUGAUAUUCAAUGGCAUGUUUGAGCUUCCCUGGAGGUCUCGUACUUAAACAAAAGCCAUAUUGCAUCAGCAAAUACCAUACAUCACACUCCCUUAUUAGGUGUAAUGUGGCGGAGCCAUUGAAGUUCAAUGGCAAUGGGAAACCAUGUGUGCCUGUACAGAUGAACAGUGAGCCCACUUUCCCUAGCUUCAUAACUCCUAAGCAGUUCCAAAGACUUCCAGUCUUGCAAAAUCAGAAUGGCACUAGAAUCAGAAUUUUCUCAGGGACUGCCAAUCCUGCACUUUCUCAGGAAAUUGCUUGCUACAUGGGGCUAGAACUUGGGAAGAUCAAGAUUAAGCGUUUUGCAGAUGGUGAAAUAUAUGUGCAGUUACAAGAAAGUGUGAGAGGUUGUGAUGUAUAUCUUGUGCAACCUACUUGUCCUCCUGCAAAUGAAAACCUUAUGGAGCUCCUAAUAAUGGUUGAUGCUUGUCGAAGAGCCUCUGCCAAAAACAUUACUGCAGUUAUUCCUUACUUUGGAUAUGCUCGAGCAGAUCGAAAGACACAAGGCCGUGAAUCAAUUGCAGCCAAACUGGUUGCAAAUCUGAUAACUGAAGCAGGUGCUGAUCGUGUUCUUGCAUGUGAUCUUCAUUCUGGUCAGUCCAUGGGCUAUUUUGACAUUCCAGUGGAUCAUGUGCACGGUCAGCCCGUUAUACUUGAUUAUCUUGCCAGCAAGACCAUCUGUUCAGACGAUUUGGUUGUGGUGUCACCAGAUGUGGGUGGAGUUGCAAGGGCCCGAGCAUUUGCUAAAAAGUUGUCCGAUGCACCACUAGCCAUCGUUGAUAAAAGGCGACAUGCUCACAAUGUUGCUGAGGUGAUGAAUCUGAUUGGUGACGUUAGGGGAAAAGUUGCAGUUAUGGUUGAUGACAUGAUAGAUACUGCUGGUACGAUUUCCAAAGGAGCUGCACUGUUACAUCAAGAAGGAGCAAGGGAGGUUUAUGCAUGCAGUACUCAUGCUGUUUUCAGUCCGCCUGCAAUAGAAAGGUUGUCAAGUGGCCUCUUUCAAGAGGUAAUUGUCACAAAUACCAUUCCCGUUGCGGAGCGAAAUUACUUUCCUGAGCUGACGGUGCUUUCUGUUGCAAACCUCCUCGGAGAAACUAUAUGGCGCGUCCAUGAUGACUGCUCCGGUGGGUUUGAGCCUUAUUCAAGCUUGGGCAUUGACUGACUUGACCGGAAAGCUGAAGAUGCUACUAAUCUUGUUCUUAUUUUCUAUACGCAUCCUACGGACUCUUAAUUUGAAGGCUUUAUUUAAGUCGACCAUAGUUUUAACCUGAAACAAGGAGAGUUUGGUUAUCCUUUUCGUUUUGUACAAAUACUUUGUGCCCCAAUGUAGCAACGUUGGCUGUAAAUGUGGAUUGAUGAGAUCUUUUAUAACGGCUUCCACAUACAUUGGUUAGAUUCAAUCUUUU